ACUAAAAACCAAAACAAAGAAACUCCUUAUUUGUGCUCCUCUCGCAUCGCGCUCGAAACCAAGCUUUCUCAAGCUCGCUAAAAUUCCCAAGCUCUCCCUCUCUUCCGCUUCUGCCCCCGAGCCAUGGUUUACAUAGCUUCAUGGGAUGAAUUCGUCGAGCGUUCUGUCCAAUUGUUCCGUUCCGAUCCCACCUCCACGAGGUAUAACAUAAAGUAUCGACACUGCGAUGGGAAACUGGUUCUUAAAGUCACCGAUAACCGUGAGUGUCUUAAGUUCAAGACUGACCAGGCACAGGAUGCUAAGAAGAUGGAAAAGCUCAACAACAUAUUCUUCACUCUGAUGGCCCGGGGCCCUGAUGUGGAUAUAUCAGAAGUGACAGGCAAGGACCAGGUUGAUGCACAGCCAACCAAGAAGGGAAGGGGGAGGAAGCAAUGACUUCACAUUGGCUACUGCACGAAUAGGUUUCUCGUACUUCUCUAAACCCAUUGAUGAAUUAUAAUGUUUAUUUACUAAUUAUUUAGUUAAUCUUCUCGUCUUACUUUUUCCAGAAUAGAUUAUUUAAAGUCCUGGAGUAAACUGACCAUAUGUUGUCCCGUUUUUCUUAAAAAAUUUUGGUGUGCAGUUCAACUGUAAUACAUAGUUUUUCUUUAAACAUUUUCACAAGUUCCUCCUCAGUAUACUGAUUUGCUCCUAUGCUCUGUUAACUUCUUGUGCCAAUAAUUUAUUUUAGUUCAAAGUAAUUUAAGAACGUAAGCAUUAUGGGUUAACCUAAUGGUUAUUGGCACAAGCUGAAAAAGUUAAAAACACUUUGGAAGAAUGGUUGAGACUUCAUGGUGGUCAUCUGUGACACCACCUACUUUGGAUAUUAUAAUUCUACAAGUUACCUUACAACCAAAUCUUUCAAAGUUAGGUGGUUGUUUUUUGAGAUUGGUCCUAGUAUGGGUACGCUAGUCUAAUAGUAAUUUAAGAAAUGUAUAUUGGUGCACAGGUUUAUCCUUUAAAGAAUUCAUAAAUAUGGAUUGGUGGUUCUAUGAUAUAAAUUAACAUUAAUAAAAGAUUUCAAGAUUUUGUCAGUAAACAAGGAAAGGAUUUUCUUCUCUAUUCCAAAUAUCUAGACCCUUUUGGUUGUUCAUAUCUUUCAUUAUCUACCUCAAUAUAAAUCACAAUUUUGUAGUUAGUGUAUUCAUUAUUGUUGAGUAUAAGGCAAUUAUAUUCUAUUUGAUUAUCUAACUUCUAUUAGAAAACCAACUAUGGCCGAGUAUUUUAUUUGGUAGAUUGUUUGAAGUUGGCGAUCUUUGCUUUCUUGUGCCUCUUGGUUUCAGAUUUUGCACAUUGAACCACUAGGCAACCACUUGAAUGCUUGCAUAUGAGGAUGUUUCUUUCUCACUGCUCCCACCAUUACUAUUUUAGCUCUCUUCAAAUCUGCAUAGAAGACACCGUUAGUUGCUCUUAGGAUGUAUUUAUGUGAUUUGUUUCAUUUAAUGAAAUUUCACUCAUCAAAGCUCAAGUCUUUUCUUUAUGAUGGAGGAAGAUGGCUUGUUAUAGUUAUAGACAAGAGUGUAUAUGACAUUGCUUUAGGUGAACCGUUUUUUGCUUUAGUCAAGCCUCAGUAUGACAGCAAUUUUAAAUUAUUUUUAAUAUAGUAAAAUCUAUUUUAAGAUACUUGAAAA